ACUUCAACGCGUUCGGUAGGGUGGUGGCGCACCUGUCAAGUCGAAAUUAAACAAGUUUUUGCUGAGCAGCUGUUCGCUUCGACGUUGACGAUACAUACAUACAAAUAAGCCUAUCCAAACUUUACUUUUACUAGGUAUUGAAAAUACAUAUAUUCUACAUUAUUUGUCCAUUCUACUUGUGUUUUCACAUUUGUUGCAUAUAGAGUGCAAUGCUGUUAUAAUACUUUGCAGAAGUGACUAGAAAUGUUUUUAUGAAUUAAAAGAUUUUCGCUUGUUUAUAUAUAAACAACAAAACAAAAGUGCAAUAAAUUAUUUACGUGGCAAUGUACAUUGCUAAGACCAAACAAAGCUGUGUUAGAAACAAUUUACCAAAUACUGGUAGCACCUACUCGUUUUGAACGAGUUGAGUAAAAGAUGUGACAAAACAAAAGAAAAUGUUAAGGAAAUAGAAGGGCAACGGCAGCAAGUGUAAAAUUCGAGUAUGUGUCUGUUUUAAUUUUAAACGUUUUUGCAGUAGAAAAUUAAAUAUUCAAUGAUAUUGCUUACUUUAAGUAUUUGAACUCUUGAAAUUUGAGUAUUUGUAAAAAAAAUAGUUGGUAAAAAAUUUCUGCUUUCUACAUACGAAAGAAAAAUAAAUAAAGCUUUAAAUUUAAAAGUGUUAAACCUUUCGCAAGUUAAAGCUCCAGGAAAACAAUGGCCUUAGAUUGCAUUGAAAUGCCAACUCGCUAACCGUCAUUUUUCCGCAGCUAAUCGGCUAGUCUGCAUGGCCUAAAGCAAGAGGUGAAUGGCGGUGGCACAUUGAAAUGGCACUAGUGCACAUACAUAUAUUUAUAUGUAAAUACGUGUGCACUGUUAUGUAUCUAUGUAUAUGUGGUAUGAGCGCACAGUUCGCUGACCUUCGCUUUUCAAUUAAGAGCGAAAGUUCAAGUCGCCAAAAAAAAAAUCAUUGCUUAUACAAAAAGAAUGCCAAAUUCGUUGAAAGGGAAGAAGGCAUACGUGUUUUUACUAGGUCAAUAAUACACAAGUGUUGUUUCGUAAAAGUACACGCAUUUUAUAAGUGUAAUUGUAUAUUUUUUGCAAUUAACAAAAGAUAUCCAAUAAUUUUGCCGCUGUUAUCUGUAUAAAACUACUGCAAUUCGUUUCUUCGGCAGUUGAUGAUCGUGGAGUUUUGAUAUUUGGAAAUUUGUGAACUGCUAAUUACCAUUUCGAACCAAAAUGAAAUAUUUCGGUGGAGUUGAAGGUGGUGCCACACACUCACGUCUGGUAAUCUGCGAUGAGAAUGGAAAAUCACUUGCGUUAACCUCUGGUCUCGGCACAAACCAUUGGAUGGUCGGUAUACCGGAAGUAGCGCGCAGAAUAGCCGAUAUGGUGGAGCGCGCCAAAGAAGAAGCUUGCAUUGCGCACGAGGUGCGUCUAACCAGUUUGGGAUUGAGUCUCAGCGGCUGCGAACAGGAAGCCACAAAUGAAGAUCUUAAGAAGGAGAUGUUCAAAGCCUUCUCUGGUCUUGCAGAGAGUUACGUCGUUUGUAGCGACACUAUGGGCAGUGUUUUCACUGCUUCACCGAUUGGAGGUAUGGUCGUAAUUAGCGGCACGGGUUCGAAUGCUCUGUUACGUAAUCCAGAUGGCAGCACAUAUACUUGCGGUGGCUGGGGGCAUUUUAUGGGCGAUGAGGGUAGUGCUUUCUACAUCGCACAUCGAGCUAUGAAAAUGGUUUUCGACGACAUGGACAAUCUGAGAAAAUCACCUUACCCCAUCGAACGCCUCUGGGAGGUUAUCAAGCAACACUUCAAUGUCGAUACACGCUUCGACCUACUGCCACACUGUUAUGCCAACUUCGAUAAGCCGUUCUUUGCGAGCCUCUGCAAGAAGAUCGCACAUGCAGCCGAUCAAGCUGAUGAGCUCGCCAAAUCCAUAUUCAACGAUUCCGGUGCGUGUGUAGCGCGUAGCAUAGUGGCACUGACGCCCAAAGUACAAGAUGAACUCGUCAAAACCGGCGAAUUGAGCGUGGUGUGUGUGGGCUCCGUGUGGCAUAGCUGGCAUUUGCUAAAGGACGGUUUCGAACGCGAGAUGUGCAAGCAUGACGUGCCAUUCAAUCUGAAAUUGGUCACCAUAACGAAGAGUAUGGCAUAUGGCGCUUGCUAUCUGGCCGCUGACGCGAUCAACUAUCGACUGCCGCGCAAUUAUCUGGAUAACUUCGAUGUCAUGUAUCACUAUCGCACAACACAGAAGGCAACAAAUGGUCACAGUAAUGGCACACAGCGUGUUUCAUCGACGGAAAGUGUUUCGGUGCAUGCCUAGAACUCCGUAAAGAACACAAAACAGUAGUAUCAAUGCUAUAAGUUAAGAAUAUCGAGUAACUAUUUGUUGAGUCGCUCCAAAUUCCAUAGGUUAGUACCUACACAUAUACAUACUUGUAUAGACCGUAACAAAAUUUACUACUUCUAGUUGUAGUCUUAGUUAAACAAAUAAACAAAUAUAACUAAUAAUUUCGCUUUUUAUCAAAAUCAAA